GCCGGCGGCAGCGCCCCCACCCGGGAGCAGAGCCGGGCGCCGCACGGAGCCGGGCCGCCAGCAGGAACGUGCGCGCCGGAGCCGCCAGCUUGGGAGCGAGGCGGCAGCAGCAGCAGCAGCAGCGGCUGGGACCGGAAAGAAUGACUGAAGAUUAAAAGGACAAUGGGCUGCGUGUAUCCUGAUGGUAUCUUGUGUACAGUGACAUGUUAUUUGCUAUGGCAUCUGAGACUGAAAAGGCUCAUGCUCUUCUCCAAACUUUCAGCACAGCUUCAGUUAUUUCCAGUUUAGGAUUGGGAAUAUUCUGCUUCAUAGCAGACCGACUUCUGCAGUUCUCUUUCAUUCAGCAACACGACUGGCUCCGAGCUCUUUCUGAUAAUGCAGUGCAUGGUGUGGUGGGAAUAUGGUCCUGGGUGAUAGUGAUUGGGCUCAGGAAGAAGAGUGACUUUAGUGAAGUCCUUUUAGCUGGUUUCCUCUCUUCUGUCAUUGAUGUCGACCAUUUUUUUCUAGCUCGCUCCCUUUCAUUACAGGCUGCUCUGACUCUUCCACAAAGACCACUUCUUCAUUGUUCUACUGUGAUUCCUGUUGUGGCUGUGACAUUAAAGUUUAUUAUGCACCUUUUCAGGCUUAAGGACUCAUGGUGCUUUCUUCCCUGGAUGUUGUGUAUAUCCUGGACUUCUCACCAUGUCCGUGAUGGAAUUCGUCAUGGCCUCUGGAUCUGUCCAUUUGGAAAAACUGCUCCCUUGCCAUACUGGUUUUAUGUGGCAAUCACAGCAUCUUUACCUCAUCUGUGUUCAUUUCUUAUGUAUUUAACAGGGACCGGAGAACUAAUGUCUAUAAAACAUGGAAUUCACAUUGAUGUCUAAGGAUGAUAGUCCUUGGAAGUCACUUGUUUUGAAGAUUACAGUGAAGUUGAUCCCUGUGCAUUCCUCAUGAUUUCUAAAUUAGGUCCCUUGCUUCAUUCAGUUCACAGGAUGGAGUUACACUGAAGAUGAAUCAAGGUUGUGAGCCAGGCUGCCAACUGGAUGGGACUCCACUUCAAUGCCAGGAAGAGUGCAUCCCUGCAUAUCAAUGGCAGUAGAAGGGAUUUGGUUUAGGCAACACCAUUUCAGAUCCAGAGUGAAGCCAUGAUCUUCUUUGAGGACGGACAAGCAUGCCAACAUCUCGGCACGCUGAUGGGUUUCCGUGUCCAGCAGACACCUGAGGAUACCAUCGCAGAGAUUCUACGAGAUGUGGCAAGGAUCGACUCCUCCCUACUGACACCGUGGCAGAAGAUCAAUGCCUUGAACACCUUCCUGAUCCCCCAUAUCUCAUUUGUUCUGAGGGGAUGUGCCAUGGCGUAGGUACCUCUGAACAAGGCAGACCACACCAUUGGGCAGCUGGUGAAGAAGUGGAUGUUUCUUCCCCAGAGGGCCAGCAAUAAAUUGGUGUACAUCUCGCACAGGCAGGGCGGUGCCAUUGUCCCUCGUAUGGGUGAUCUCUGCAACAUUGCAGUGAUCGCUCACGCCUUCCGAUGUGCCCAGAUGCCAUGGUGAGGAACAUCACAGAAAGUGCUCUGUGGGAUGCCAUGAAGAACUGAAUCACCAGGACCACCUCCAACCAAGAUGUAGCCACCUACCUGAGCGGCUCGCUGGAAGGCGAAUUUGGAAGAGACGGGAGACUUUGCUUCGCUCUGAACUCAUGCCUGCAACACUAUGCGACGACUGGAGAAGUGUAUCAGCUGCCACUGGACAUGGUGUGAGGAAUGCCAAGAGCUGGGAGUCCUGGUGCCACAGGUGAAGAACACGGAGCACACCAUCAUCAUUCGAAGAGCUAGAACCAUGCUGGAGAGGACCCUGAAGGAUGUCAUCCACUGCCAAUACGUGGAAAACCUGAAAUGGAAGCCAGACCAGGGCAAGGCAUUUGAGGUGACGUUCAAGUGGGGCACCAGCAACAACUUCAUCCCCAGGGGCAGCUUCACCUGAUUUGCUGACUUGAGGUUCAUCCACUGGGCCCAGCUCAACUGCAUCCCACUGAACAGAGCUGUCCGCCAUGGGAAUCGGGACGAGCGAUGCAGGAAGUGCGGCUACAUCACGUCCUGUGUUGCUGCAAGCCCCAUUCGAGAACUUGACACAAUGCCAUCCAGGAUUGCCUGGCCAGAGCCAUCCCACCACCCGUGGGGAAGGUUGCCGUAAACUCCGCCAUCCCUGGAACCAACAGUCAACUGCGACCAGACAUCGUCAUCACCAGCAAGGAUCGGAAGACUGUCAUCAUGGUGGACAUCAGAGUGCCUUUCGAAAUAGGACGCCAGCCUUUCAUGAAGCCCGAGCUCAAAAGCUGGAGAAAUAUGACCCUCUGGCCAACACCCUGAGAGCUAGGGACUACGAGGUCCAAACUCAUGUGCUGAUCAUCGGCGCAUGGGACCGUGGUAACGAGCGAGCGAAUGUGGAGUUGGUCAAUGCUGUGUUCGGCUGAUGCGGCAACUCGUGGUGUCGGACACCGUCAGGUGGUCAAGGGACAUCUACAUAGAACACAUCACUGGACAUCGGCAAUAGCAGGAGGAAUGAGCUGGAGUGCCUAUGAGAAGCGCAAUCUGGAAAGUAACUCACAUACUUUCCUGAUGGACUGUGUUGUGUUUUUUUUAUCUAAAUGGACAACCUACCUAAUUCUCAAUUACUGAGGGACAGUCUCCACUCAUUGAUAUAUUUUGCUUUCCACAACCAAAUCUCUGUACAAUUUUCAUGAGUAAUGUACCCGAGUAUUCAGAUUCUAAUAUCUAAACUGUACUGUUAAAUCCAUUCACCUAAAUGUGGGUUAUUGCUGAUUAU